AUGUUUCAACCCGUUGGCCUUCUAGUUAGUGACUUUGAUGAAACUAUAACUCAACACGACUCUAUUUGCGAAAUAGCCAAACUCGCAUACGAGAAGAGAGCAAGACAAGGAGAAUGCCCAAUACUGAACGAAAAGCUCGCGCCAGACAACAACGAUGCUGGUGAAUGUCCUCCGCCUUGGUCGUAUUUUGUUGAAAAAUAUUUUAGAGACCGUAAGGAACACAUUAAAUUUUGGAACGAAACACAUCCAGAAAGAACACUUCAAGACCACUAUAAAAUGUUGGAAUCCUUAAGAGAAGUCGAAAAGAAAUCAUUAAAUCGUGUUGAAAAAUAUCAAUGCUUAAGUGGAAUGCAUUGUGAUGAACUGUUUGAAACGGGGGAGAGGAUACCGAAGCGAGAUGGAGUAACAGAAGUUUUGAAAAGUUAUUUACUAGAAUGCGCGAAUAGUAGCAUUUCUCGAUAUUUUUAUAUCCUUUCUACCAAUUGGUCGCGUGAUAUGCUAUUGGGAAGUUUGAAGGAUCUUGUAGGAAUCAAAAGAGAACAUAUUUUAUCAAAUGACCUUAUUUUUGAUGGUACUGAUUGUACUACAGGAAAAGUACAGCGUAACGUACUCUCAGCACUUGACAAGCUAUCAAUCUUUAGUAAAUUGAAGAUUCCACGAGGAACAAUUUCAGUAUAUAUUGGAGAUUCCAAUACAGAUUUACCGUGUCUACGAAUCAUAAUGGGAAACAAUAAUACACUUUCAAAAGAUUGUGCAAAAUUUGGGAUCGAAAUCGUUGAAGGGUUAGUUGGAAAAAUUGAUACGAAUGAUUUGAUUACUACAAAUAAGCGAAACUCUAAACUUUUUCGAGUUCAAAGUUGGAAGGAGAUUUUAGAUAGUGGAGUAGCUGAUGUGUCCGAGCGGUCUAAGGAGCCAGACUUAAGUUCUGGUAUGCGUAAGCAUGCGUGGGUUCGAACCCCACCGUCAGCAAUAUAUUUUCAAUAA